AUGGCAGAGAAGGAUGCCAGCGCCAGGCUGCGCAGAGCCGUCAAAGAAAACAACCUUUUCCUCGUUCGACGUCUCAUAACCCGGACGGACAUCCGCAACCCAGACCCAGACCAUAAGCGCUUCACGUCUCUUGCGUGGGCUGCUGUACUCGGUCAUGAAGAGACGUUCGAGUUCUUGCUGGCGAACGAUCACGACGAGGACGAGAUCUCCAAAGACUCGGACAACAACACAAUCCUCAUGCUCCUCGCCAAUCAGACUCCCACCACCAGCAGUCCCUACAUCGAUUCCCACACCGACUCUGGCGCGGCCCUCCGCAUGGCCCGUAUGUACUACGACCGCUACCCCGACACCCUCGACUGGGCGAACGCGGAUGGGAAAACUGCGCUUCAUUUCGCGGCAGAGAAGGGCAAUGAAGAACUUGUCCGCAUGCUAUGCGACCUAGGUGCCGAUUUCGACCUCGCAGACAACCAGGGUAACACUCCACUUCACUAUGCCAGCUCAUGGGGGCACAUUCCGAUCGUGCAGUUGCUCAUCGAGCGUGGGUGCCAAUUCAGCGCCAGGAACAAUCAGGGCUUCACUGCCUCGGACUAUGCAUAUUCAUUCAGCACGCGAGAGACGCUUCAGGAUACCGCGCGCAUCCAGUUCGAGAUGAACAAGAAGUCACGACGCGCGGUGUAUCAGCAGCAUACAACCAGGUCGGACUACAAUGCCCCACCACCUCCGCCCCCUUCGAAACCGCGAGAGAUUCGCCAACGAUCCGCGAACCGUGUGCGCAGUGGAUCUGGGACGAGUCGCACGACCACGACGUCCGAUAGUGGCGACAUGGAGAGCCUUGGCGUCAGCCAGCACAGCCAGUCAUCGAUAUCCGCGUCGUCCUCGCCUUCCCAGCCGUUAGGCACACACAUGCAAUACAUGCAAAGAUCUGCCAACGGAUCGUCGAGUGGAGCGCGGUCUUUCUCCACUGUUGGUUCGUCGCGUCAUGCUCAGCCUACGAAUGGCUCCUCAGCUCUUUCGCCCAUAGCUACCCGGAUGCGUGAGCGCGAUGCAGACGCGAUGGAGAAGUACCUGAACCGGAACCGAAGCGGCAGCAAUGGGACGGCAUCGACAGACGCACCACGGUCGUACCAGUCAUCAAAUGGACUGUCGGUUACCAGCGAUCAUCUACCUCCCAUAUCGCAACUCUCGUUGGGCGGUCCGCAUACGCCUAGACGACUCCGCCCAUCCAUGUCGGCUGCCCAACUGCGCUCGCCCAGGUCCGAGCUCGCGCCCACGUCGAACGAAAACCGCAAUAGGUCUGGGACCUCACCGUCGCAAGUGCGCCCGGUCGCAGCGGCUGCCCCACCAUCGCACGCGCUUACUCGUUCCUCGUCAACGUCCAACUCGUUGCGAGGGCCGUUCAGACCCGCAGGCGGGAGCGUCUACGAGGAGCCAGAGACGUACAGCGAGACGUACACAGGGCCGUCCAUCCAGUACGCGCAGUUCCCCGAGCCGCCGUUGACGCCGGAAGACAACGCAACGCCGACCAUUGCAUCGACGACGCUCAACACUGCGACGACCAACAGCCGGCGUCACGCGCUGCACAAUAUCCUCACCAAGCCGCUGGCCUCCCUCGACCGGCUCGAGAACGCCAGCCACCGGAGGGGCAUGUCCGCGUCGUCGCUGCGCGGCUAG